AUGAAGAGCAACCUGAGGAAGCCCUUGGGGAGUGACCUGCUUGGCCUCCUCCUGCUGCUGGUGCUGGUGGCUGCUUCCAGGGGUGUGCCUAUGCGCAGGGAAAGGGCCACUCCCUGGGAGCAGUGGAAAAGAGCUUCAACGGAGAUCCUGGAUGAGCUGUGGAAGUUCAGCACCGAGAGGAUUGUGAUCAAAGACCACCGUGUUCCAUUUCCCCAGCGGAUUGAAUGCCAAGACAACUGUGAUCCAGAUUCCCUGGCCAAAAAUGACACGCGCUGCUUGAUAAAGAUCCACGAGGGACUUCAGCGUUACCGUGACAUUCUCGUUCAUUAUACCAAUGCAAGCUUAACAGCUGAGCUUCAAAAUGCCUUGAAUAAAUCGUUGCUGCUCCUUCCAAAGGACGGAGGCAACACCGAAACCAUCAGCCCCAACCCUGUACCAUUAUGGAUGAAAAAAAAACUGCAGGAACUCAUUCUGUGGCGUCUGCAACGCUUCGCCUCUCUGGCAGCCAGAGUCGCUUCCCAUUGUGCAGCUUUAAGAGGGAAUCCAUAA